AGUUCAGACAGUUCUAAAUCCAAUCCUAAUUCCCAAAUCUAAAAAUUCAGUUCCUCAACUUGCACGUUCUCUCUAUAGAUGAAAGUUAAUUGCAAUCCCACAAGGUUCCCCACCUGAUUCUAGCUCCCAGUCCCAGACUGAGAAUUGUGCUGACGGUCCCAAUCCCCAAAACCAUGUCCCCAAUUGAAAUCAGUGCAUGUUUUGUAUUCAAAUCGAUUUUUUUAGAAUUAAUUGUGAAGUCCAGAAGGGUGGCUAGCAAAGUGUCCACCCCUCCCGGGAAGGCUGCAGCGCACAAUUUUCAGCUAGCAAUGCACAACGUGAGCAUCCAAUCCAAACCCUCUGCAUCAUCUAAAAAAAAAUCACGGCUUCAAAUCAUCGACGCCAUAAACAGCGUGAGAAAAUAAAAACUUGUUUCCAAACUUCCCUGGAUAGAUCGGUUGUGCGUAAAAAGGAAACCCACGUUUCCGACUCAAAAUUUGCCGGGAGAAACGCGCGCGCGCGCGUGAAAGCCACGCAUCUCGACUCGACUUCGUCUCGGUUUUGGCGCUCGGAGUCCGACUGCCGCCGCCGCCAUUCCACCACUAUAAGUCACCAGGGGGAUCGGAGCACCUAGCACAUCCCUCCAUUAGCCAUCUCCCUCCGUCUUCUUCCAUCGGAUCAAUCCGCAAGCUCGAUCUCGCGAAGCCGGCGACAUGGCGCUGCGCCGCUGGAAGCCAUUCUUGGACGCGUUCCCGCUCAUCGACACCGCCAUCGAGGCCGCCGACGCCGACGGUCUCCUCUCCCGCGGCGAGAUCCGGAGCGCGAGGUCGCGGAUCAUCGAGAUGCUCUGCGACGCCGCCGACGACGACGACAAGGCGGAGGCGCUCUGCGCGCUGCUGGACGAGGCCAUGGCGGGGUCGCUGGGCACGCUGCGGGCGGUGCCCGUGGAGAGGAUCGCGCUGGCGUCCGGCGACGGCCUCGUCGGCGCCGUCGUCGCGCUGACGAGGGACCACGCGUCGGAGCGGGUUCGCGGGCUCGCGCGCGACGUCGUGCGCGGGUGGAGGGCGGGCGCCGUGGCCGAAUUCGCUAGGGCCAGGGCCGAAUUCGCCAGGGCCAAGGCCGACAUGGACGUGCUGGACGGCCUCCCGUCUACUCCGCCGCCUCCUCCCCAGGACGACAAGGCGCCCGGGGCCGGCUCCGACGCAAAGACGAAGAAGAUCCCGGCGGAACAGCGUCGUCCAAGGAAGACCGCCGUCGUCAGCAGCUGCCGUGUCAGCAAGGCCGAGUCCUACGGCACCUUGCCCAAGAAGAGGGCUCCGGUCGUGAGCACCAGCACCGCCAAGCCGUCGUCAGCGAACACGGGAGCUCCAGCGGUUGUCCCAGCUCGGCCGAAGAAGACGCCGCCCGUCGUCAUCAGCUUAGCCACUGAGGAGAGGAAGAUGGAGGCCACGAAGCGCAAGCUCCAGGAGAGGUACCAGGAGGCCGAGGACGCGAAGCGGCGGCGCACGAUACAGGUGAUCAAGCCACCACUGGAACCAUCGGGCCAAAGGCAGCGCAACGAGCACCCGGCCUUGAGGGCGCGUGGGCCGGCGAGCUGCGCGGCGGAGAGGCGCUUCAUGACGAGGGUUUAGUUAGAGUCAGGGGUUCUUCUACAUGUAAACGAAUAGACCAUUAGAGUCGUGUCUUGCCAUUGUUAAGCUAAACUAACUUCUCCGGAUGUGAUCGUCGUCACUGCAUUAUUAUUGCGACGAUGCGACAGAUAUCCACCUUGUCUUGUACAUGUAAACUGAAUUGAUACU